AUGGACAAUUGGUUUUAUAUGGAUCGAAUGGCAUUUCAAAAUAUUCUUAUGAAUGAAUUAGGUGUAAAUCUUACUGAAAAAUUAUUAUUAAUCGAUUUUGACCUUCCAGUAUCAUUUUUAAUUGGUCAAACAUCGGAUGAAAUAUUAUUAAAAAUUCAACAAACAUAUAGUCGUAAAGUUUGUGGUAAAAUAAUUUGCAAUGAAAAUUGUUUAUCAUGUUCAUUUAAUCCACCAACGUAUGCAAAAUUAGCUUGGUUUGUUCGACGUUUACUUAUUAUGAAUCCAAUAGGUAAAGCUUUUAUUAAACAAAAAGUAUGUCCAACAUUAUUACCAGAAGAUUUUUCAUAUAUGAAAGAUACAAAUGCAACAAAUCAUAUCAUAAUUUCUUUUGAUUCAACUGAAGAAAUUUCAUUAGAUGGUACUGAACACGAAAAUGAUAAAAAUAUAGAGCCAAGAUUCAAAUGA